CGCAAACGCUUCACGAGUGACGACUCUCUGUACUGGCCAGAUCUCCUGUUUAGGUACGUUCGGGGCCCCAAGCGAUCAUUGCAUGUGCGGCCAAUUUCCCAAAUAUAGAGCCCCCGGCGUUGAACCGGUUUUCAAAGAAAUUCCCGCAGCAGCAAACAACUGAAACCUACUCCCACAUGGCAUAACACACUUCCUCCUCCAGCAAACUGUUAUCUCUGCGCCGUCCGUUGAGAAUGCGCCUCUCUCUUGCAUCGCGCCCUUUCGAUCCUACGUCGCGAUGGGUGACCUCGUGGUUACUGUCCCCUCUCGUUCUUUUCGCAUUUCGAGCAGUGUUCGCCCUCUAUGCUUGGUUCACAAUCUUUUUCACUCUUGGCUGGGACGGCACGCACGGUGACCGCAAAGCAGGCAGGAAUUUCUCAUACUUUACAGUAUUGACCUACUGGGGGAUCGCGGGAUACGGGCUCUUCGCAGCGAUACAUACCGGCACAUACUGGCUCAAGGGAAGGGAAGCGCUGAAAGACUGGGGAGUCGUCUUACAGACACUCCACGAGGUACUGUACAGCACCAUUACGGUGUACCCGUGGAUCGUUACAAUUGUCUUCUGGACCCUUUUAUACAGCUCCUUCGAGACCCCUUUCGCAACGUGGUCAAAUACCUCCCAACACGCCCUGAACGCCGUCUAUGCGCUGCUUGAGAUCAUAAUCCCGCGAACGUCCCCUCUUCCAUGGUGGCACCUCAUCCCAAUCAUCAUCCUGCUCGCGCUCUAUCUCGGUCUCGCAUACUUGACCCACGCUACGCAAGGGUUCUAUGUUUACGAUUUCCUUGACAUACAAGAGCAUGGCAGCGGCAUCACUGCAGGAUACAUCAUUGGAAUACUUGUGGGUGCAUGCGUCAUCUUCAUAAUUGUGAAGUACCUGAUAUGGCUCCGAGUGUGGGUCACUGAAAGUAAACUCUGUAGAACUGGCAAGUUUAGCGCCAGGGACAAAGAGACGGCCUUGGGCAUGAGCUCUGAAAGAUUGGAUAUGCAUGCUGUAGAGCUGAAGGAUGUAAGACAGGUGUAAUUGUAAGAGGAUGGUUCAUGGAUGUAGCAUGUGUCGCGCAGUUUUUAAGAGUGUACGCAGAUUUGAAGAGUGUACGAUUUUAACAGAUAUCCCAAAUUUUCUAGGCCUCACUGAGCCGCAUAGCCAAGAGAUCUCUAUUUUUUUUUACAUGAAAGUGGUGAAAUAGCUCCUUAUACAUCUAGCUCUUCCAUACCAAACUCUAAACUCACGA